UUAUGAUUUAAUUUUACAUAAAUAUUAAUUUUUUAUUAACGUGGCAUUCUUUAUAGAAAGAAAAAUGGCUACGAAAAUUUUUAUACGAACUUUUAAUACACUUUCAACACUUUCAUUAUCACGAAAUCAACGAAAUAUUGCUUUAAAACUCAGAAUAUGGGGCACGGCCACUGUUGGUAUCAGUUUAUCAACAUAUUUAGGAUUAAAAAAAGCACAAAUGGCUGAAUCAGUAUUAUUAGAUAAACGAAAUUUUAUGGCUGAUCCAAUUACACCGCUAGAUGAACUGGCGAAAAAUUCUGAUGAUAUGAAAUCAAUAAUGGAGCUAAUGAUUAUGAAAAUACAGACUGAUUUUUGUAGAGCGUUAGAAAAUGAAGAAUUAGAUGGAACUAAAUUUAAGGUAGAUCGUUGGGAACGUCCAGAAGGUGGGGGCGGAAUUACAUGUAUUAUGCAAGGUGGGAGUGUUAUUGAAAAGGGUGGUGUGAAUAUUUCGGUGGUUAAAGGGACAUUACCGAAAGCAGCUGUUGCACAAAUGCGAUCUAGGGGUAAAACUUUAACUGAUGGUCCGUUACCGUUCUUUGCGGCGGGUGUCAGUUCUGUUAUACAUCCAAGAAAUCCAUUAGUUCCUACAAUUCAUUUCAAUUAUAGAUAUUUCGAAGUUCGUGAUGGAGACAAUGUUCAAUGGUGGUUUGGUGGUGGAACUGAUUUGACUCCAUAUUACUUAAAUGAAGAAGAUGCCAAACAUUUUCAUAAAACUUUAAAAGAAGCUUGCGAUGAACAUGACAAGAGUUACUAUCCAAAAUAUAAAAAAUGGUGUGACGAUUACUUUUUCAUAACUCAUAGAAACGAACGUCGUGGAGUUGGUGGUAUUUUCUUUGAUGAUUUAGACACUCCAGAUCAAAAGAGUUGUUUUCAAUUUGUUAAAUCUUGCGCCGAGGCUGUUAUUCCAUCGUAUGUUCCAAUGGUUCAAAAACAUAAAUUUGAUGCUUAUGGUAAGCAAGAACGUCAAUGGCAAUUACUUCGUCGUGGAAGAUACGUGGAAUUCAACUUAAUUUACGACAGAGGUACUAAAUUUGGAUUGUACACACCCGGAGCGCGGUAUGAAAGUAUUUUAAUGUCAUUACCAUUAGAAGCGAGAUGGGAGUACAUGCAUAUUCCAGACCCACAAACUAAGGAAGGUCAAUUAAUUGAAAUAUUGAAAAAUCCAAAAGAUUGGUUGAAUCUUAACAAAAGUCAAUGACAAGACGCUUUUCCAGGAAAUCAUUCACCACUGUUGACGAACCUGUAUCUAUCAGAUUUACUUUAAGAAAAAUUUAUAUUUCUAGGAAUAACCUGUUUUUGUUAUCACAUUCCUAUCAUUCUUGAAGUGAAAAUAUUUUUAGAAAAUUUAUACUUGUUAAUUGUUAAUGUAUAAAAAAGAUUUCUUAUAUUCCAAAAAUAUUAAAAAAUUUAAUUAUAUUCAAAUAGAUAUUUCUACCAAUGGAACUCUUCGAAUGGAUCAUUCUUUCCAUUUCUCUUAAGAUUCACUGGUAGGGAAAAUUAUGUGGCAAGACAAGAUUGAUCAAUGGAAGGGCAUCUCCUGAAAGACAAUAGGGAACUAGUGUAUUAUUUUAAAUUCUAUAUUAAUAACUGUUGCUGUAUUACCUCCGUGACCCAGGCACCCUUAAACAAUAUAAUUUAAUUGUUUCAUAAUUAAAUUAAUUCCCAUGGAUAUCGCAUUCCAAACCCCAUUGAAAAAUUAUUGUGAGUCCUUUCGUUGUCGAUAAAUAGGUAAUAAAAAAACAUCUAGUUACUGUACGAUUUUUUAAGCUCGAUUUUCUUUUGUUAAUUCAUAUAUUUUCGAGUUAAAAUCAGUAACAAUUGACGACUGUACGUCUUUGAAAAUACAAGUGUGCGUUGUCAUAUUUCAUUCUCGAUAAACAAUAUUGUAUCGGGUGCUGAAGAAUAUUUCGAGAUAAUUUUUCUAUUGCAAAUCGAAACAUUUUUUAAAAUUAAUAUCAAUCGACGGCGCGUCUUCAAAUAUACAAAAGUACAUAAUGGAAAUAUUGAUUAUAUCAAUAUUAAUGAAGAAAUCAAUAAAAAAAAACAAUAAUUGCGAAUUCUUGAUAAUGUGUUAAUUAAAACUACGUUGUGCGCACAUCUUGAGUUUGAUAUUAGAUGGUUGAGAUUACUCAGGAACAUACAGUAAUCUGCUGGAUCAAUUCUAGCAAGCGUUUGCAACAACAAAGAAUUCAGACGAUACUUCGAACUGAAGAUGGUCACUUGCCAGUCUUCAACAGACUGCAAUGACAUUUUCAAUUAUGGAUUAUUUCGAUAAUAUUGACAGUAUUUUUGCAGACGCGCCGUCGGUUAAUUAAGUCGAAAUGUAUGAAUCAAAAAUCGACCUCAAAAAAUCGUACAGCACCAGGAUGUUUUUUAUUAUUUAUCGAAAACAAAUGAACUUUGCAACAAUUUUGCAAAGGAUUUUGUAAUGCGGCGCCCAUGCGCAAUUAUUUUAAUUAUGUAACAAUAAAUUUUAUUGUUAUGGGUGCCUGGGUCACGGAGAUUUACAGCAUCAGUUACGAUCGACAUAUUUAGGUAAGAUGCAGUAUUAGGUAUUAAAUAUUUACUUCCGUUUUCCGAAACUUCGUCUUCUUAACAACUAUAAUGACAGCUAGGUUUUUAUACAAAAAAACAGAGUUAAAUAUGUCUAGUUCUACCAAGGUUAAAUAUAAGUUAUACAUUUCAAAGUUUCGCACAUAUCAUAUGUGUCAAUAAGUCCAUUUCAAUUAUUCAAUUUGCCAUGUAAUUCUUCA